UUAAUUUGCUGAUAACUUGGACUUUAUCCCAAAAUUAAAUCCCAGUUUUUCAGCAGCUGCCUUUUAGUAAGAAAACCCAACCAGUAGUAAAUGACAACCUCCAAAAAUUCAAAAAUUUGAACCAGUUUUCCCAAAAUUUUGCCUAAUUUGGAAUAAGUAACAAAUAAUUAAUGACUAAUCCUCUAACUUGGAAUAGUAUCCUGUAAUUCCCAAGAAUUUGGACAAAAUCCCGUGGGAUUUUUUUUCCUGCCUGUUGCCUUAAAACUUGGAAUAAUGGGGGGAAUUCUUGGCAGGAAUAUUUUAGGAGGAAGGCUGUUUCGGCCACAUUGAAUUCCUUGGAAUUCAAACAUCUCCCAAAAGGGAAAAAAGAAAUGGAAUAUUUGCACUUUUUCCUGGGAAUGUUAGUGGAUAAAAAACAUCUCCUGCAUGCCCUUGCUUUGCUCUGCUGCCACUACAUUUGUUGUGCUUAUUUCUUCAUGCUGCCCGUUUUUUUCGGGAAGAUGAGGACACGGAAAAACCCCUGCUCCGUGGACAAAGUUUGGCUGGAAAAGCACCGGAACGAUGAAGCCGAGCGGGAAGCGCCGGAGCGGGAAGCGCCAGAGCCCGAGGCCAUCAACGGGAUCUGCCAUGAGGAUUCCAUUGAGGGGGAAUUCAAGGGAGAUCCGAAAAAACCCCGGAAUGGCAAAAAACAGCGGAAACGGAAGCGCUCCCCGAAACCCAAAGCUCAGGAUUCCAAGCUGGAGGCGAUCCUGGUGGGAAUGUCAGCGGAGCAUGUGUGGUUUGACAAGCCCUUGUAUGACCGCGCCGAGAACGCCUACAGGAAAAAAUUAGCGGGUUCCCAGAGUUGGGAAUCGCCUGAGACUGGAAAAACGGCUCAGGAAUCUCCUGCUGUGGCCAGGUCCGACUCCAGCCAAGAUAUUCCCAAGGCAAGGAUUCUCCCGGCAUGUUCCCACGGGAGCCUGGCCGCCUGUCACCACGUUGUCCAAGGGGUUUGGAUCAACAAGUUUGACUUCGAUAAGGCCGAGAGGGCGUUCAUGGAAAAAUCCCAGUUUUUCCUUCCUCCCAACGUCCUGGCCAUCCCAUCGGUGUGGCCGAAUUCCAGGCUGGGAACGCCGGAUGAGGGCUACGGCACGGCCUUGCCCACUCCCGCCACGCCAGGCUUGGCUCCCGGCAUUCCCAACUCUCCCGUGGCCUCCAUUCCCAGUUUGCCCAGCUCUGACCAGCAGACGGUCAAUGGGAAGCCGCAGAUUUCCAACUGGGAAGUUCUGGCAUCCGAGGUGUGGCUGGAGAAGCCUCUCUACGAUGAUGCUGAGAAGAAUUUUUAUGAGAAGAUGUUGGACGGGCACCCCUCGGAUAAAAACCAGCGGCGGCAACGCGGCUGCCCGGAAGCAUCCAAGAACCACAACCUUGGGAAGCAAACUGGGAUGGCCACCACCAACCCUCAGCUUCCUGAUAUUCCCAAGGAAAACCCCACCUGCUUUUUCCUGCACAAGGACAGCGAAUCCGUGUGGCUGAAUAAGGUGACCUACGACAGGGCUGAAUCCCGAUAUUUUGCCCUGGAAGCGGACAGAGCAGCGGAGAAAACAGGGAUCCAGGAAUCUGCAGCAGGAAAUCCCUCCCAUCCAGCUGCUCCAAGCACUCCUGCUCCAGAAAUGAAGAAAAUGGCUGUGGAUUACUUCCUGCACGACAAGAUCUGGUUCGAGAAGUACAAAUAUGACGACGCCGAGCGAAGGUUCUACGAGCAGAUGAACGGCCCCAUGGGUGCCCCCUCCCGCCAGCAGGUAAUUCCCAAUCCCAGGAAUUCCAGACAGAAGACGCCUGCUCGGAGCAAGGAAGCUCCUUGUGCCCGUCCCAAGAAACAGUCGGGACGCUCCGCUAGUGCAAGCACAACCUCCUCUGGAGCUGCUGGUGACCAAAAUGAGCUCCUGUCCCGAAUUUCCCACCUGGAAGUGGAAAACCAGAACCUCCGCAGUGUUGUUGCAGACCUCCAGAUGGCCAUUUUCAAGCUGGAAAGCCGCCUGAAUGCUCUGGAGAAAUCCUCAACUUCCCACCAGCCCUCACCUGUUCCUCCAACCCAGAAAGUGGAACCGUUCAGCGUUCCCUCAAAAAAAGUGGAGCUCCCGGCCAAGAAAGCCACGCCGGCUGCUGCUGAGGAUGAUGAGGACGAUGACAUCGACCUUUUUGGGAGUGAUGAUGAGGAGGAAGACCAGGAAGCUGCCAAAGUCCGGGAAGAGCGGCUCCGGCAGUACGCGGAGAAGAAGGCCAAGAAGCCGGGACUCAUCGCCAAGUCUUCCAUCCUGCUGGAUGUGAAGCCGUGGGAUGACGAGACCGACAUGGCCAAGAUGGAGGAGUGCGUCCGCUCCGUCCACAUGGACGGCUUGGUGUGGGGAGCCUCCAAACUGGUCCCAGUCGGAUACGGCAUCAAGAAACUCCAAAUCCAGUGUGUGGUAGAGGACGAGAAAGUCGGGACAGAUAUCCUGGAGGAGGAGAUCACCAAGUUUGAGGACUACGUGCAGAGUGUGGACAUUGCUGCUUUUAACAAGAUUUAGAAGGAAAAACUGUAUCCCCCCUUCCUCCGAACCCGGAAUUAAUAAAGAUGAACAUUGGGAGUGCA